UAAGUCGCAAUACUAUCAUUUGAUUGACAGGUUGAUUUGUCUUGUUUUGACUUUGCCUGUUUCCACUGUCACUAUAGAGUGGACAUUUUCAGCUACAAAACAUGUUAAAACUGUGCUUCGCAAUAAAAUGGAAGAGGAGUUCUUAGCAGAUUCUAUGAUGAUUUAAAUUGAACGAGAGCUUGUUGAAGAUAUUGAUUCGGAUUCGAUCAUAGAUGAAUUUUAUUCUACAAAACAUCGAAGCGUGCAACUUUAAUAGUAUAAUUUAUUUUUAUUUUUAUUUUGAAUUUUAUGUACUUUAAAUUUUAUUUUUUAUAUAUUUUAUGUUAUGUAUUUGAAUUAAAACUUUAUUAUUAACUUGAUAAAUUUAUAUAUCUGAGUGAAUGAUUAAUCUUAAAAAAUAAUUUAUAUAUACUUUUAUCAUAAAAAAUUACUAACUCCGCCACUGCUUGAACCCACAUCAAUCCCUUUUUAAUUGUGGGGGUGGAUCUUCGAAAUCUUUGAGUUCCCCUUCAAAUCAUAGGAAUGUGUCUUUAAUGUCUAGAUUAUGGAAUAUCCCCAGUGAGCUGGCCUCACUUGUGUCCUCCAUGUUAUCACAGCCACGCACGCCAUGAGUUCGGAGGCGGGUAGUCAAAGCACCAUUCCCAAUAUCUUAAAGCAUGUUGGAUUGAAACAAAGAUGGUAAUUAAUAGCAUUAUUGAAGAUUACAUAACCAACAUGGGACGGCCAACGAGUACCCUUCUUUUAUUGAGGUCAAAAAAACAAAAACAAAAUCAAAAUCACACCUAUUUUUUGCCCUCUUUUCUGAUUAUUUUUCCAUGUUCUUAGUCAGCAAUGACGGCUCCUCCUUCUUUAAUGAAUGUUGAGCAUCAGUAAACUAAGAAACACCCACUAGUAAAUAGUAAGAAAACAUUUAUUACCUUCACGACAUGUAUUAGACGCUAAUGGUGCGGUGUCGAGCGGUUCCCUGCGUUUUAUUUCGUCGUCUCCAGGUUAGAACACCGGCCAGCUAUUUCAUCCUCAGACGCCGCCGGUUUCCGGGACCGACCUACCGACCCAUCACCUGCUCAGAUCACAUCAAAACGCAUCUGAUGUCUAACUCAACGUUCUCUGAUUCUAAGGCUGACCUUGGAAACUGCAUGGAUGCUGUCAUUAACGAGGACACAUCAAUGAAUGCUGCUGUGAUAAACAAGAUGAGGAAAAGAAUGGCUGGCAUGAACAAGCAUAUUGCAAAAUAUAAGAAUGCAAACACCUCCCUGGUGAAGGAAAAUCUCUAUCUGAGGAACAGACAAGCUUGGAUGAAAAAAUCUCAGUCCUUGAAUGCUGCUGUGAUAAACAAGAUGAGGAAAAGAAUGGCUGGCAUGAACAAGCAUAUUGCAAAAUAUAAGAAUGCAAACACCUCCCUGGUGAAGGAAAUUGUCUAUCUGAGGAACCGACAAGCUUCGAUGACAAAAUCUCAUAAGCGUCAGAAGAGAAUCUUGGUCCACUUGAAGGACAAGUGCAAUGAACUGACUGACAAGACCACAGGCCUUUCCACGCUACUGAUGGAGUCCUGCUAUGCUCAGCCUCAAGAAAGAAUUAAGGAACUAGAAGCAAGCAAUGCACAGCUGCGGGAAAGAAAUGCUAAGCUAGAGAAUGAAAGUAAUGCACGUGAUGAGGUGAGCAAGGAAAACGACCAUGAACUGGAUCAGGCCAAAAUUUAAGCCUUGCUGGUGAUUUAUCAGUGACCAUGUUGACUGGUCAAAGGACAAUGAAGUGGUUGAUAUGAAACAAAAUGCAUGGCUGCCUUUGAUCGGAUCAAAUGAACAUUUACUAUGUCAAACAUACAUAUGUUUAAAUUGCUUUUGCACUGACAGUUUGGAAGUUUGUUUGGUAUCUUUAAAUUGGGAUUUUAAUAAGUUGUAUGUUGUUUGUUUUGAUUAAAAAGCUGCCCUGAGUAGCAUAUAUACUUGUGAUA